ACUAGCUCUCAAUGAAACUCAUUGGUUGAGUGUUUUGUUUCUAGAUCACGUGGACCAUUUUACGCAGUCCACGGGUUCCGCAGGCACUCUAAGCCCAGAUGUCUUCGUGGUCGCUCUUUCUACAAUGCUCGGCGCUCCUUCCUUUCGCUACCCUUGGCACGCUUGCCCCGAGUCCAAACGCCUGCACGCGAGCAAUGGGUGAAAGGUGAAACGAAAGCAACAUGCGCGCAAAGAAGAGAAGAAAUAAUGGUCCCUGUACAGCACGCCAGAAGUUUUCACGCGCAGCAGGCACAACCCUUCACCCUCGCUCCUGCCCACGUCAUUAAGUUACCGCCUCGCGAGCACAGAACUAGAUACACCAGCACCUCAACCCAAGUGCACAACUUCUGCUCCUUCAGCAUCACAACACACUCGCUUUUCUAUAAUUCUCACGUCAUUCAUUAUGGGCCACGGUAUUUUAUUCCGCUGGGAAGAUUCGCCAGCUUUGAAACACCACUGCGGCUUCUGCGACCGCCCAUUAUCUCACCCUGGCGCCAGGUCGUCCUGCUUUGGCAUCCACGCGGAGCCAUGCCAUCGUUUCCAUCAGGCCAUGUUCAUGCGCAAUCGCGCCCACAUGUGUGCCAUGUGCCUCGGCGCCGACGAAGCUCACCACAAACGCCACGUCGACAUCGCUGAGCGACUCCGCGCCAUCUACGAGAGUUGUGGCGAGGAGUGGCCGAUUAUCCCGACGGCGGAGCCCGAGAGAGGCCGGCCGAGAACACGAGAGUCAGAAGACGCCGAGGACGAGGACGAGGACGAGCGCAGCUCCAUUUCGGGUGGCGCAGCCGCUAAGCGGAAGGAGAGAAAGGAACAGAAGAGGUUGAUCAGGGCAGCGAGUAGGCCUAGAGUCAUCACACAGGACGAGAUCAAAUACAUCGAUUCCGUCCUCCACCCGGCGUCUGCUGCCGACGGUGACGCCGAAGGCCCCUCCAACCCCGAUGAAGUCGACGAGAUCGAGAAGAACCUCCGCUACAAUGCCCAGGUCUACAACACAGGCUCCCGCCGCGUGCUCAAAGAGUUUGCCCGCAUCCCGGAUGCAGACGUCAACUUUGAAGGCGAAAUGGAGCGCAUUUUCGAGGCGCUACGUAUCACGGAGCUGCUGAAGCGCAACGCCAGGAACCGGGGGCUCCAGGGUAGGGACCUGAAGAACUUUGAGGGCCUGGUGGCCGAAUUCAAGGAGCGCGUCGUCGAAGACCAGGUUCUAGUAAAGAAAGACGAGCUGGAAGUCAGGAUGCGGAGGGCGGCCUAUCUGCGAUACACGAAUCGGGCGAGUUUCGACAUCGUGGAAGAGAGAUACACGGACAAGGACUGGAAGACGGGGGCGAAGAUUGUGCAAACCGAAUCUCGGACCGAGUCUUCUGGUAGCGCGUCCCCAUUCGAGUGCGAGGUCGCGAACGAGAGAGAGAACGUGAUAGCCUCACCGCUACCAGCAACUCCUGCUGCGCCGGAUCUAAGGCACCUCUGGAAAGGACACAAGAGGAUCGCGAGCGACGGCGAGCUCGAAGAUGUCGUGACCGUCAGUCACAGUCCGUCCCGCAUUCCAAGGAAGCCGACGGGUGUCAUGAAGAGGCAGCCCGCCCAGCUCAGGCUCAUUAUCAAUGAGAAAUCCAGCUCGAAGAGUAUAGGCUCUCCCGUUCUUUCAAGACGGCACCCUAGGCUUCCCGUCAGAUCUCCAGAUAGGUCCAGGCCUCUUCUCAGCCAUGGCAUGCGCCACCCGUCACCCGGGAGAAACAUGUACGAGCACCUCAUUUCGGAUAAUGAUGGCUGGGACUAUGAGGGAAAAGACCCGAAUCUUGCCGUUCGUUCUCCAAUCGCUGAAGAGAGGCCGGACACUCAACCCUUGCCACCCGCUGCGAGCGUCUGGGCGAAGAGGCCCAAGUUGCUCGCGAGUGAGACUGUGAAAGACAGAAAGGUCACUCCAGAGCCUGCUGACACUGGUCACCCUCCUGUCUCUCAGAAGAAGGCCAAGAAGAAGGAGCGUGAGGUGAAGCGCAAGGCUAAGCGGUCUGCUGAGAAGGGGCCUGUAGCCGCAGGCGAGCUGGAGGCUGAGGAUGGGACUCUUACAUUCGAAGUCGAAACUGCCAAGGGACGAGUGGCUAUUGAACCAAUUAGGAUUACACAGUCCAGCAGCACGCUCGAGCUAGAGAGUCAUGCUGAAGAAGAGGAACUCCUAAUCCAGGACAAUUACGCAAAAGUCGAGGUUGCUAAAGAGGCUAAGGCUUCCGCCGCAGCAGAUACAUCCCGGUCACCGACUGCAUCAUCCCCUAGGAUAGCUACGACUCCUCACCUAACGACUUCCGACUCUCUCCCGCCGUUCCCAGUUAUAUCGUACAGCCGCCACGCCGACUGGAAGAAAUACACCCGCUUCCUUCGCGUGGAUGCGCUGUCCUCGCCGGCCUAUACUGCGCAGAUAUCCUGCUCGGGUGAUGCUUCCUGCAUCUUCGAGGUCACCUCCACCCCCGACUGUCCCUUCCAUCCUCCACGCUGCAGCUGCUGCGACCCCUUUCUCGACCAGUGCUACCUUGUCUACCCGUGCCCAGAAGCCUACACCUGUGGCCCAUUCAACCGCAUCCGCGCACAGAAGCUUCUCGAUAUGUAUGAGACACACCCCCAGACAAAGGGUAGACUCAUGCUCAUCGACGAUGACAUGGCCAGCUGGUUCCUUAUCGAACCGAGCCAGCGGCGCAUUGACCGUAAGAACGCGCCACCCGCGGGCACCCCCGAGCGUCUCGUGACCGAAUAUUUCGACUACUACUUCCAGGGUUACGAGAAGGGACCAUUGAUGCAGCAGGAGACGCAGUUCGAGGAGCUGUGGAAUCGGAAUGUGCGGCUUCGACAAUCGCUCUCGAGCACGGAGCUUGGGCAGCUCGCUCUUGAAUUUGAAGCAGGUACCGGGCCCCGUAUGUGCUACUGCUAUGCUGUCCUGCCCGAGGACUUGGACUCGAAGGACAUUGUCGAGUGCAGCUACGUCGGCUGUCCGAAGAAAUACUUCCACCGCGCUUGCGUCACGGGCUUGGGCGCCGACAAGGUUACGCGCUGGUAUUGCACUAUCUGCGAGCCCCUGAUUGGCGAUAUCGCGGCGAAUCUGAUCGAGGACCUGGAUAUGAUGGCGCUGGCUAGGAAUCCGUCCAAGGGUGUUGAGAUAGCGAGGAAGUGCUCCGAUUGCGGGGGUCCGAUGGGUAAUGGCAUGGAUUGAGCUGGGAUGCUGCAGUGUGUUUACCUGUCGCCGGGUUUGGGUUUGGGCGGCGAGCAUGUUGCGCUAUAGUAUCUAGCUAUUAGUGCGGCGCUUGAUCUUCUUAGGGGCAUAGAUGUAGAGCCGCCCCGCAACAUGUGUUCUAUGCACAUCCUUGCUCAUAUUCUUCGUAGCAAAGUUCACAAAAAACAAGCGAUACAUACAUAGACAAGACUGUCUCAUAUCAAUUCAAUGAAAGAAAACUCGCUAAAACCGUCCCCCUCAGCCCAACUAUCCCUUCACCUCGAAAGAAAAUCAAGUCAAGUCAAGCUCUCCUCUC